UGGCACCGGCUCAUGACGCAGUUUCCUGUUCCUGUCGUGUGUGAGAUCUGAGCUCAGCAUGGCGGUGCCGGUGUGUCAGUAUGAAGAGAGGCUGCGGCAGCAGGAAACCGAGAUUAAGUCUCUGGCUGCAGAGAUUGAAAACCUGAAAAAACAUGGCUUUGUAGGAGAGACACCUAGCUUAGAAGGGUUGAGAGAAGAGAACGCCAAGCUUAAAUAUCGUCUGAAUAUCCUGCGGAAGAGUCUCCUGGAGGAACAAAACAAAUCCUCAAAAAGUAUGAUCAACAUCAAUGUUCAUCUUCAAGAGAUAUUUGGCAGAGCUAUCAGAUCUGCCUAUCCUGAACUGGAAAAUGCCCCCUUAGCGGUGACACCCAGCCAGCAACCAAAAUUUGGUGAUUAUCAGUGCAACAGUGCCAUGGCCAUGACACAGAUGUUAAAAGCUAAGAAUCUAAAAGUGAGUCCUAGAGAAAUCGCUGAUAAAAUUGUUAAAGAUGUCCCCAGCAAUGACUUGAUUGAGAAAAUGGAGAUAGCUGGACCAGGCUUUAUUAAUGUACAUCUACGAAAAGACUUUAUCUCUAAACAACUGUCCAAACUUCUGGUAAAUGGAGUCCAGCCUCCAGUAGUUGGGGAACAGAAAAAGGUUGUGGUAGACUUUUCAUCCCCAAAUAUUGCCAAAGAAAUGCAUGUAGGCCACUUGCGUUCAACCAUUAUAGGUGACAGUAUAUGUCGGCUGUUUGAGUUUGUGGGGCAUGAUGUGCUGAGGAUAAACCAUUUAGGAGAUUGGGGAACCCAGUUUGGGAUGUUAAUUGCUCACCUUCAAGAUAAGUUCCCAGACUAUGUAACCGUAUCACCUCCCAUUGGUGAUCUGCAGUCAUUUUACAAGGAAUCUAAAAAAAGGUUUGAUGAAGAUGAGGAGUUUAAAAAGCGUGCUUACCAAUGUGUGGUUCAGCUGCAAAGUAAAAGUCCUCUUAUUAUAAAAGCCUGGAACUUAAUCUGUGAUGUGUCCAGAAAAGAAUUCCAAAAAAUUUAUGACUGCUUGGAUAUUCGAAUUAUAGACAGAGGAGAGUCAUACUACCAAGAUAAAAUGAUUGCGGUUAUCAAGGAGUUUGAAGAAAGAGGUCUUUGUGAAGUGGAUGAAGGGCGUAAGGUUGUGUUUCCCCCUGGAUGCACCAUUCCAUUAACAAUUGAGAAAUCAGACGGAGGAUACACCUAUGACACUUCAGACUUGGCUGCCAUAAAACAGAGGCUAUUUGAGGAGAAAGCUGAUAUAAUUAUCUAUGUGGUAGAUAACGGACAGGGCAUACAUCUCCAGAAUGUUUACUCUGCAGCUCAGAUGAUCGGUUGGUAUGAUCCCAAAGUGACUAGAGUGGAGCAUGCUGGGUUUGGUGUGGUUUUAGGAGAAGACAAGAAGAAGUUUAAGACUCGAUCCGGUGAUACAGUGCGGUUAAUUGACUUACUUGAGGAAGGCCUUAAGAGGUCCAUGGACAAACUUAAAGACAAAGAAAGGGAUAAGGUUUUAACUCCUGAAGAAUUAAAAGCUGCCCAAACAUCUGUUGCUUUCGGAUGCAUCAAGUAUGCAGAUUUAUCUCACAACAGGAUGAAUGACUAUAUCUUUUCAUUUGAUAAGAUGUUGGAUGAUCGAGGGAACACAGCUGCUUAUCUGCUUUAUGCCUUUACAAGAAUAAGGUCUAUAGCAAGAUUAGCAAAUAUCAGUGAUGAGGCUUUACGUAAAGCCGCUGGGGAAACAGACAUAGUGUUGGAGCAUGAGAAAGAAUGGAAACUGGGCAAAUGCAUACUAAGGUUCCCUGAGAUCUUGUUAAAGAUAUUGGAGGACCUCCUCCUGCACACGCUCUGUGAUUACCUGUAUGAACUGGCUACAACCUUCACUGAGUUCUACGAUAACUGCUACUGUGUGGAGAAGGACAGGCAAACUGGUGAGAUUGUAAAGGUAAACAUGAGCAGAAUGUUACUUUGUGAUGCUACAGCUGCGAUUAUGGCCAAAGGUUUUGAUAUCUUGGGAAUCAAACCCGUACAGAGGAUGUAGUUUACUGCAAUCUCAAAUCAUAUCCAUAAUAUAUACAUAUAUGCAACUUUUCUAAAACUCAACAAAAUAAAUAAAAUAAUUUGGUGAGAACA